CUUUUUGCUUGUCCCACCGCAGCCGUCUUGUUCAACUGUGCGGUCAAUUCACAUCGCCAACACAUAAAGAAGCAAUGGUGGGCAGGAAAAGACAGGGCCGUGCUACGCAGCAGGACAAGUCAGGGAACAAAGACCACUGUGUCACGUGUCACCAUGCACCCAAGGGACACGGCACAAUGGCUGUCCCUCCUGCAUAUACAGACCUGGGGAAGUCGGCGAAAGACAUCUUUAGCAAGGGCUAUGGUUAUGGAAUUCUCAAGAUGGAUAUAAAAACCAAGUCCCAAAAUGGUGUUGAGUUUGCCACGUCAGGCUCCAGCAACACAGACACGGGCAAGUCAGGCGGCCACCUGGAGACCAAGUACAAAAUAGGGGAGCUGGGCCUCACCCUCAGCCAGAAAUGGAACACCGACAACACUCUUGUCACAGAAAUCAACAUGGAAGACCAGCUUGCAAAGGGCUUGAAGCUUGGCCUGGACACCUCAUUUGUACCCAACACAGGCAAAAAGAGCGCCAAACUGAAGACUGCUUACAAGCGCGACUUUGUCAACAUGAGCUGCGACUUGUUGUUCGACAAAGCCGGUCCCACUGUUCACGGCACCGCCGUGCUGGGCUAUGAGGGUUGGCUGGCAGGCUACCAGGUGGCUUUUGACACCGCCAAGUCCAAGCUUACCAUGAACAACUUCGCUCUGGGAUACAAAGCCCCUGACUUCCAGCUUCACACCAAUGUCAACGAUGGCACAGAGUUCGCCGGCUCCGUUUACCAAAAGUUGAACAGCAAAAUGGAAACCGCGGUCCACUUGGCCUGGACGGCCGGUAGCAACAACACGCUCUUUGGAGCAGGCGCAAAAUACCAGCUGGAUAAGGACGCCUCUCUUUCUGCCAAAGUCAACAAUGCUUGUCUUGUCGGAGUCGGAUACACCCAAACCCUCAGGCCAGGAAUCAAGCUGACACUGUCAGCGCUCAUUGAUGGAAAGAACGUUAACGGGGGCGGACACAAGAUGGGCCUGGGCUUUGAACUGGACGCUUAAAGGAAACACAAGAAAAGAAUGAAAGACCCUAAAUGUGACAACACCUCAGAGGUCCAACCAGCAAUACAAAAUGAAACACACAGUCUAAGGGCUAGUUUGAUUGCAACACUAUUCAAUAUAAUUAACUCAUUGGCUGCACACUACAAUGAUAGACGUCCAACCCAUUUGAACUGAGAGAGGCUGGCGAUGAACUGUAGCCAAUGAGUUAACAAAACUCAACUUUUUCUGCCAAAUCUAUCCUAAACAGUGCAAUAAAAGCUAUUACAGUUAAAAUGUCCAACUGAGCAAGUGGACCUUUAACUCCCACCGUUUCACCUCAGCGCCUUCAGAAGCUCAAAGGUGUGUUAUGAGCAGCCUGCACCAGUUCAGCCUUUAAAGCGUCUGUUUCACUUUCACUUGAUCUGUGUGUUGUGCUUUGUAUAAGAAACGUAGUCAACAGUAACAACCUCAAACUGAUUUUUAUUCAAUCGUAGAGUGAAUAAAAAGAACGUCAAAUGA